GCAGGGUUGUGCAGUGUGUGUCGUCCACGCGAGGAGUGAGGUGGCUCAUUGACCUUCUUCCUUCACGCCUCACAUUUCGCCUUUGUGUACGGCAGGAAGGAUGCGGCUGACAGUGGUGGUGGCGGUGGCGGUGCUGGUGGGGUCGGCAGUGGCUCAGUUGAACGUUGGUCCCCAGGGAUUGUCCGCGCCGCCAAUCAACUUAAUCUCCCUCUUCAGGUUUCUGCGAGAUGCGUUCAACCACUUCAUGGGCGGCGAUACUUCGGUGGCCGAAGAGAAGCAGGCCACAGGAGAUGUCAUUCAAACCUUAGAGGACGUGGCAAAGAAGUGUCUCGGAGAUGAUCACCCGUGCUGGCCUUGGUUGCUGGAUGACAAUGCCAGUGAUGUACAAAACGUGGGAAUUGUAGAAGAGUGGGGGAAUGUCUUCAAUCUUACUGAUUCAAGAUACGUGGUGACUAAAUGGAUCAUGGCAUACGUGGCCAUCAUCAUUGUCACCAGCGUCCUCACUCUGGUCAUCGGCUACCCUUACCUCAUCACCGGCCAGACCUUCCGCAGCUUCCACUCGCUGCCCUUCCCCGACCACCAGGACUCACUGCUGCUGCUGACGUGGAUGCUGGGGGAAGCGAGCGGGGACGAGUCUUGCCUUGAACGAGUCGUCUGCCUCAACCCGGAGAGAUCGGCUCGCUACCUCGCCGUGCCCAACAUCUUCACUUCCUUCUUCUCCAGCUGGGUACCUGUCCGCUACCGGGAGCAGCUGGGGCGUCUCGGGGACGUCACUCAAAAUGGACUCAGUCACACCUGCGACCAAUACUUGUGUCCCGUCCUGCCCAACCUGUAGCCAGACCUCCAAUGGUAUUUGAAGCCUUCCACUCGAACUGUUAACUCCACCUGUAAGAGCCAGUAAUACUUGUAGCCUUCCACCUGUUUCUGGACCAUUCCACCAUUAAUAGCCUUUCAAUUGUAAUCACUGUAGCCUCCCAUACACGUAGUCUUCCACCAGUAAUACCUGUAACCUGUAAACUGUAGGUAACCUUUCACCGGCACCUUCCACCCGGGCCCAGUCACCAGAGUUACCAGCCACCAGUGUCGUUGACUCCUCCGGUAAUGUGUCGCGUCUUUUAUCUUUCAGAUUGUCGAUUUUUUUCUUUCUUUCUUCUUCUUCUUCUUCUUCUUCUUCUUCUUCUUCUUCUUCUUUUCUAUUUAUUGUUGUUGUUGUCGUUGUUGUUCUCCUUGUUUUUCUUUCGAUUUACUUCACCUGUAAGACUAUCAAUGUUUUUUUUUUCUUUUCCCUAUUUACCUGUUCAUCCAUUCAUCCAUCCAUUCAUCCACUUGUGCUGUUUUUCCAUCACGAAUAAACCGUUUGUCGCCAAUGUACGUAAGAGUGAAUUCAAAGACUUCAGCGUGGGAAGCGAGAGUGAACAGGAACCUCGUCCAUUACAGCACUGAGGCUUGUGUUCUUGAAGGUUUUGUUCUUUCAUAGGGGUUAUCUUUUAAAAGGCCGUAGAGAUUAGUACUCGAGUUCUCAUGACGUGUUUCUUCUCACUGGUGGUGUAAAAUCCUUGUUAAACUAUCACUAGAAUCAUGAGAUACUUGAAAAUGCUAUAACUCCUGUUGAAUUUGUUAAAAGUAGUCUAAAUAAAGCCCCGAGAUGUUUGAGAAUACUGUUAUGUUUUGACAUUAGGUGUCUUCACGGAUGUUAUCACUAAUUAAAACUUCAUUGCCUUCU